UUCACCGAAGUCAAUCUGUACAGGGAGGAAUAAAAAUAGUCACAUAUACUCUUAAUGUGAGUAAUGCUAAGCCUGAUAUACCUAUGUUGACAUACUGGAUCCACCAAAUACGACGUUUGCAUGAACGCAGUAUUUAGUAAGGUUUUUUUUGUGUUGGAUCUACUAACUUUAGCCACUGUGUAGGUACUGUUUAGUGGGAGAGUUUAAUUGUGAUAAGUAUCCCAUAUUAUACAGACUCAGCAUUUUAUUUUCGGUGUAGUAGUAACCAGCAGACAUUACACUGUGGCCUACAUUUAGGUUCAGCAACUACUAUAUAUUCCAGUAAAAUGUUGGCAUUGAAGAUAAUUGUGUUUUUGAUUAUAUGCAACGAAUCCAAACUGGUGCGUUUAAGGAAAAAACAAAUUAAAACCCCCCAAUGUGAAUAUACUCUGGUUGUUCAAGAAAUGGAUAGUUCGCAAUGUCCGGCAGUAAAUCCACAUGUACAGGCUGAUGGUUAUACGAGUGAAAUGACAGAUGGUGUGUCAAAAACCAAAUACAUUCACAAUUUGAAUUCAAAAAUGAAAGACAUGGAAAGUCGUUUAUUUGAUGAAAUGGUAAAAAACCGUGAAUUAAAUUCAACUUUAUCACGCCAUGAACAUAUGCUUAAACUUGCCGAAAGCACACUGGACAAUUAUAAGACAAACUUUUCAAGAGUGUUUCGGACGAUGAUGUACAUGGAACAAAAAUUACAAAGACAGAGAAAGGCUAGCCGAAGUUUGAAUGACAAAUUAUCUAAUGUUAUAUUAGACGUAGUUGAAGUAAACAAUCUGUUAACAAGGAAACCAACCUCUAGUCAUAGCAAAUUUAAAGAUAAACAGGUUGUAGUGGAAAGUGUAGCAGACGUAAAAACCUGUCAAGGAUAUACUGGAGAAUCUAUGGUUUUCGUCGAUUGUGAAGAAAUUUAUGCACAAGGCCACACAGAAAAUGGUGUUUAUUAUGUUAAACCAAGUUAUUCAGCAUGUCCUAUUCCAGUAUGGUGUGAUAUGGAAACACGUCCCGGAGGUUGGCUUACAAUACAAAAACGUUUCAGUGGCAAUACAGACUUCAAUCGCAAUUGGGAUGAGUACAAAAGAGGUUUUGGGGAUGUGAACAUGGAGUUUUGGCUUGGGAACGACAAUAUAUUCCUUAUUUCAAAUCAAAAACAAUAUGAACUUAGAAUAGAUUUGUGGGACUUCUCGGGAAAUCGAGUCUAUGCGUCAUAUAAAACAUUCAAAGUUGAAGGUGAAAGAGAUUUUUACAAGUUACAUGUACACGGGUAUUCCGGAAGUGCUAAAGAUAGUUUGUUCAAACACAAUCGCAUGAUGUUCAGUACACCAGACCAAGAUAACGAUGCCAGGCGAGAGGCACAUUGCGCAAAGGAAUGGGAAGGCGGCUGGUGGUUUAAUAAUUGUUGGUUUGCUUUUCUAAAUGGACCAUAUCAUAACCAAUCGAAUAUACAAUGGCGAGGAAUAGCAUGGAAUCACUGGAAAAGGGAACAAUUAGGUCGAUCAGAAAUGAAAAUACGACCGAUCGCGAAUCCACAGAAUCCUAAUUGAAAUAUCUGAAUAUUUUGCUCACAAAUAGUCCAAGCAAGAUAGCUGCAAUAAAAAUAUCGACCACGGUUUAUGGUCGGUCUAGACGUUAUCACAAAAAAAGAGUCCCAGUCCGAAAUCCGUGCCCAAAUGGGUCCGAUUGGCCAAAAUCCAAAAUGGCCGCCGGUCUUGACUUGUCAAUUCCGAUUUCCGACCAAUUAUCAUAAUAUGAUCGAGUUUGGUAUCAUAAUAUACGUUUUCGGGAUAACUGAAAAAAUUUCCAUACACAUUUUUGUGAUAAGUGUUACCGCUGAGUCAAUAUUGGGUGAGGGGUGUAUUCAAGAUGGCGAUCAAUUUUGGCGGGAAAUUUCGAGUUUGGUGUCAAAAUAUACGUUUUCGAGGUAGCUUAGUCCAUUUUUUUUUAACAUAUC